UGGAAGAAGCUCGAUAUAGCAGAAAGGCAGACAGCACACUGAAGUUCUGUCACCAUGGGGAACUGGGCUGUGAAUGAGGGCCUCUCCAUCUUUGUCAUUCUGAUGUGGCUGGGGAUGAAUGUCUUCCUCUUUGUCUAUUACUACAAGGUUUAUGAUGAUGAAGACAAGUACUUUUACACUAGAAAACUUCUUGGGAAAGCUCUGGCUUUGGCCAGGGCCCCUGCAGCCUGCCUAAAUUUCAACUGCAUGCUGAUCCUGCUGCCAGUGUGUCGAAAUCUGCUCUCUUUCCUCAGAGGUUCCAGUGCGUGCUGCUCAACAAGAAUUCGAAGACAACUGGAUAGGAACCUCACUUUUCAUAAAAUGGUGGCAUGGAUGAUAGCACUUCACACCGCCAUUCAUACUAUUGCACAUCUAUUCAAUGUGGAGUGGUGUGUGGAUGCUCGAGUCAACAAUUCUGAUCCUUAUUCAAUAGCACUCUCUGAUAUUGGAGACAAAGAGAAUGAAGAUUAUCUCAAUUUUGCUCGAAAAAGAAUCAAGAACCCUGAAGGAGGCCUAUAUGUGGCUGUGACUCGGUUGGCAGGAAUCACUGGAAUUGUUAUCACACUUUGCCUCAUAUUAAUUAUCACCUCCUCCACAAAAACCAUCCGGAGGUCUUACUUUGAAGUGUUUUGGUACACACACCAUCUCUUUGUGAUCUUCUUCAUCGGUCUUGCCAUCCAUGGAGCUGAAAAAAUUGUACGUGGGCAGACUACACAGAGUUUGAAAGCACACAAUAUAACCAUAUGUAAUCAAAAUAUCUCACAGUGGGGAAAAAUAGAGAACUGCCCAGUCCCAAAGUUUUCUGGGAACCCUCCUAUGACUUGGAAAUGGAUAGUAGGUCCCAUGUUCCUGUAUCUCUGUGAGAGGUUGGUCCGGUUUUGGCGAUCUCAACAGAAGGUUGUCAUCACCAAGGUGGUCACUCACCCUUUCAAAACCAUUGAGCUACAGAUGAAGAAAAAAGGAUUCAAGAUGGAAGUGGGACAGUACAUUUUUGUCAAGUGUCCCAAGGUGUCUAAGCUGGAGUGGCACCCUUUCACACUGACCUCCGCCCCUGAGGAAGAUUUUUUCAGCAUCCAUAUCCGCAUUGUUGGAGACUGGACAGAGGGGCUCUUCAAUGCUUGUGGCUGUGAUAAGCAGGAGUUUCAAGACGCCUGGAAACUACCCAAGAUAGCGGUGGAUGGGCCCUUUGGCACAGCCAGCGAAGAUGUGUUCAGCUAUGAGGUGGUGAUGUUAGUGGGAGCAGGGAUUGGGGUCACACCUUUCGCAUCCAUUCUCAAAUCGGUCUGGUACAAAUAUUGCAAUAAUGCCACCAAUUUGAAGCUCAAAAAGAUCUACUUCUACUGGCUGUGCCGGGACACACAUGCCUUUGAAUGGUUUGCAGACCUGCUACAGCUGUUGGAGACCCAGAUGCAGGAAAGGAACAAUGCUGAUUUCCUCAGCUACAACAUCUACCUUACUGGCUGGGAUGAGUCUCAGGCCAAUCACUUUGCUGUUCACCAUGAUGAGGAGAAAGAUGUGAUCACAGGCCUGAAACAAAAGACUUUGUAUGGACGGCCCAACUGGGAUAAUGAGUUCAAGACAAUUGCGAGUCAACACCCUAAUACCAGAAUAGGAGUUUUCCUCUGUGGACCUGAAGCCUUGGCUGAAACCCUCAAUAAACAGAGCAUCUCCAACUCCGAUUCUGGCCCUCGGGGAGUGCAUUUUAUUUUCAACAAGGAGAACUUCUAACUCAUCUCUGCCACAAGGAAAAAUCUGAUUAUGCUACCAAGUGACCAAAUAUAGCUGAUUGAUAAUAUAAACUCUCUCCUUCAAAAAAAAAAAGCAAGAAAGAAAGGAGGAAAAGAAACUAUAAUGUCAUAUUUCCCUUGAAAGAUUGUUUGCAAAUGAUGUGUUAUGUUUAUAUGAGUUUUAUGUUUUUCAGAGCACUUCUACAAACAUCAUUUCAUUUUUCAUCUCUGUAGUGCCAGUGAAAGGAAGGGCAAGGACUUCUGGACUCAUUUUUUAGGACAGGAAAAUGGUGGCUCUAAAAGAUUUUUGUCUCAAAAAGUGGCUUCCUUAAGACUAUGACCCUGAGACCAGAUCUUGACCAUUGGACUCCAGGUUUGCUCUUCUUCCCACACCAAUCUGUUUUGAAAAUCAGCUUUUAUAGUCCCCCAAAAGAAGAUGUAAGCUAAAAAGUAGCUGCUCAUUUUCCAUUUCGUGUCAUCUUGGUUAUUAUCCUUAUAUUGAGGGAUAUUUUCAAGAUAGGAGCUAAUAUAGGCUGAGAGUGAUUUAACACCUACUAGUGUCAGCAUUGACACCUCAGCACAUCCCAGCUUACCAACACAGCAGCCUAACAAGAUCCAAGAUUCUUCCCACCAAUUAAUAUUACAAGGAUUGGAGUUUAUUCAGUACUCAGCAUUUACCAUGGUGCUUGGCACAGAGUGGAUACUCAACAACAAUUUGUUGAAUGAAUGAAUAAAAAAGUUCAGAACCAAACACUGUCAGAAUAGAGCUAAUUGAAAACAUUACACAGAAUUAUCUGAGGAAAUGACUUCUGUUACUCUUACAGACCAAAGAAUCCUUACUCUCCUGAGGGUAGAGAAUGGGUUAAGGAUAACAACCUAUAUGAUGGCCUGCAAGGUUCCUCAUAUUCGUAUUUGAAGCAUGAAGGAAUGAGGGAUGAAGGCAGGAAAUGAAUUUCCUGUCAUAAAUCUGGCUGACUCCUCUAGUCCUCCUCCCUGUUCUAUGAAAGAAAGCACACUAGUUUACUGCCAGAAAUAGUCUCCUCCAGCCAGGCCUUGCAAAUUUAGAACUUUGGAAUUAUGACAAACAUGUGUCUGAUAAUGCACAUCUGGCUUAUAUAGAUCCCACCCCUUUUUCCCCAUAAAUACAGAAGUGGAUCUUAAAUAUGUGACUAAUGGUUUAUUUUUAUUAUUAUGUCAUCAUCACCACCACCACCACUAUCUUCCUAAAACAUCCUAGAAACUAAAAUCUCCAGUUAACUAUGUUGAUAUUGAAUUCACAACCAAUAGAAUGUUCUGGAUAACCAUGAGUUCAAGACAAGAGUCUUUAAAUCACUGUUAAUGUGGACAGAAACAGUUCUUUCUUUCUUUUUUUUUGAUAACUACUGCCAUUGCUGGGAAGUGAAAAAUAGCUUUAGGGAAGGAAGGAGAGGAAGAAAUCAGGAGAGUGAGAGAAAGCAAAACUACAGAAGGGAAAAGUAGGGGAAGGGGGUCUCAUGUUGGUUAUUUUCUACCCCAGAUUUCUUAGCUUUGUAUGUAUUGCAUGUAAUUGAAGAAGGAGUACACAGAUUUAUCUUAUUUUGAUUAAAUAUAGUAUCAAAUCUUUUGUAUUCUGGUCACAAAUUUUGAUUCUGAGUGAGUAUAUUCAGGGGACUGGGACAAACGGAGAACUCAAUUGUUUCUUGCCAUAUCACUGUUCCUUUGAUCCCCCAGGAUCUUCAGAGCAUUGAGAAUCAGUUCUCACAAAUAAAGCCCUCCAGGGUGUGUAAAUGUCCCCUCUCAGAAAUGUGCAGGAAAGUUUCCACUUGGAGAAAGUGAGGUCUAACCUGUUCUGUUGCACCCCAGGUAUUAGUUCAUUCAUUCAACAAAUAUUUAUUAUUCUAUUAUGAUGACUCAGGAGCAGUGUGCAUAGUUUCAAAUGCUUUAUACCAAAGUAUGAACAGGAGGGCAAAUCUCAGUUAUAUGGAGUCCAAGAAUAUUGCCCCUGUCUAACCUAGGUGACAUAAGCAAAGCCAGCUCUUGCUCAAAGGAUGUUGCUCCAGCAUUUUACACCUUUGAAACCAAAAUAGCAACAUAGAGAGGUCUGUCCUAUAUUAUUCUGGUCAUGAGAUGAAAAAUCAGUGAAAAAGUGCUUGUCAUUAUGAGAGCUUCCUUCUUUGUCCUCCCAAGCUUCUAGCCACCAGUUAUCAGUUGUUGCCAGCGCAGCUUUUUUUUAAAGUUUGGUACUUAACAUUUAGGAAAUAGGUAUUUUAGAAAAGAAUAAUGAAGCAACUUUUUUAAUCUCAAGGCUACUAAGGCUUUUCUUAGUUUUCCUGCUUUUGCAAUAUUGUGUUUAUAAAAUUUAAAUAGUUUCAGGCUUUGAAUGUCCAUAGUUUAUAGGGGGGUCUGGGAGAUAAUUCCUAGGAAGAACUUUUAAAAUUGUGCUUAAACAUUAAAAGUAAUGGGCACUCACCA